AUGAUAAGUAUAGAUGGAGGAUAUCUUGUAUUUCAUGAUCGAUUUGAUGCUGGUUGGCAAUUAGCUGCUCAUCCAGAUUUACGAAAAAUUAAAUCUUUACCAGCAAAAGAGAAAAAUUCAUAUAUAGUUAUAAGUAUACCACGUGGCGGUACUGUUGUUGGUGAUGUAAUAGCUCGACAAUUAAAUCUAACACAUGAUUUAGUUUUUUCAAAAAGAAUGCCACUGCCUGAACGACCAGAAAUUACUAUUGGUGCUGUAUCAGAAUUCGGUGAUGUCACUUGGAAUAAUAAUGCUAGACGAUUAAAUGUAAUUAAUAAACCACAAAUUCUACACAGUAAAGUUCAACAAAUUCAUGAAUCAAAACGACGAAAACAAAAGUAUCGUGGUCAACGUAAACCAUUGGAAAGUUUAAGUGGAAAAACUGUUAUAUUAGUUGAUGAUGGAUUAGCAACAGGUGCAACUAUGAAAUCGGCUGUUAUGACUUGUCAACGUUUCAGUGCUGAAUCAAUAAUUGUUGCUGUUCCAUGUGGUGCAGCUGAUUGUAUUAAAGAUAUUAGAGGAAUAGUUGAUAAAGUUAUAUGUUUAUCAGUACCUUAUAAUUUUGAUUCUAUUGGACAAUGUUAUAUUUUCUUUCCUGAAAUGAUUGAUCAAGAAGUUAUUGCAAUUAUGGCAAAAUAUCAAGAUGUGAAAAAUGGAAAGAUUCCAAAUAGUCCUUACCUUGCUAUUCAAUCAUCAUCUUCUUGA